GACAGCAUUUGACGCACAUGCCGAUCAAGAGGUCCAAGGUGAUACACUUCAGUUUGCCAGAUCUGCGUCAAUUCUUCAUGUCGGUUGUCACAAAACACGAAGACAAUGUCACAGCCAGCAGACUCUAUUCUUCACAGCGGAUACUUCCACCCCACUCUCAGAUACUGGCAGACCUGUGCUUCAGACCUCAAACCAGAUAACCUCAUUUAUCCCAUCUUCAUUACUGACAGUCCUGAUGCUGUGGAACCGAUUGCAAGUCUACCUGGUCAAGCAAGAUAUGGUGUUAAUAAGCUAGAAGGUGUACUUCAUCCACUAGUAGAAAAAGGCCUGAAGUGUGUGCUGAUUUUUGGAGUUCCUGCUAAAGUUGCUAAGGAUGAGAGAGGCUCUGGGGCGGACACAGGCGAUACUCCCGCAGUGCUGGCUGUGAAGAAACUCAGGAAGUCGUUCCCUGAUCUAGUGCUGGCCUGUGAUGUUUGCCUUUGCCCUUAUACCUCUCAUGGCCACUGCGGAAUCCUGCGUGAAGAUGGCACCUUGGAUAACGCUGCAAGCUGUAUGAGGUUGGCUGAAGUAGCUCUGGCCUAUGCUCAAGCAGGCUGUCACAUCAUCGCUCCUUCAGAUAUGAUGGAUGGACGGAUUGCAGCCAUUAAGCAAGCACUCAUAUCCAAUGAUCUUGGCAAUAAGGUGUCAGUACUGAGCUACAGUGCUAAAUUUGCCUCCUGCUACUAUGGGCCAUUCAGGGAUGCUGCCCUGUCUAAACCUGCUUUUGGAGACAGACGAUGCUAUCAGCUGCCCCCUGGUGCCAGAGGACUGGCACUGCGAGCCUGUGAGCGGGAUGUGAAAGAAGGUGCUGACAUUCUGAUGGUGAAACCUGGAUUACCUUACCUUGAUAUUGUUAGGGAGGUCAAGAAUAAGCACCCCACUCAUCCGCUGGCAGUAUACAAUGUGUCUGGUGAGUUUGCCAUGUUGUGGCAUGGAGCUGCUGCCGGAGCAUUUGACCUGCGCACUGCAGUUAUGGAGUCAAUGACCGCCUUCCGGCGAGCAGGAGCUGACAUCAUUAUCACGUACUACGCACCACAAUUACUCACAUGGUUAACGGAGUAAUCUGCUGGUUCUCCUGUUUGAAUGAACUUUGAUCAAAGCAAUCUACUGAUGCUGAUUUACCUGAAACUGAACUUGACCGACUUCAAAUAAAACUAACAAGCUGAUAUUACUACACAUCACAAUCUGUCAAUGUAUAUUUUUAUCUGAUUUACGUAUCAAGUUAUAAACGCAUUAAAAAGCAGUUUUUGUAUCAUUCAAAUGUUAAUUAGUUUCUUUAUAUUAUAUGCAUUGAUUUCAUACUUUUUGUAACCACAUCUGUUCUCUUUUAAUAUGAAUCUCUCAGAAUGCAAUGGCACUGAAAAUGGACCUCAGGUUUAUAAUUACUGCUGUUUAUUUCUCAAAUGAAUUUAGUUGCACAUUGAAUGUUCACUUUUGUAUCUCCCUUUUAAGCUUUACAGUGUUUGCUGUUGUUGAUCUAAAAAAAAAAAAAGGCUCUGUAUAUAACCAAAAAGAUGAAAAUAAGGGUCAUUCCACGAAAUCGGUGCCUUUUCAACUUAAAAAAAUUGGAAAAUAUAAUUGUUUCAAACUGAUUUUUUUCAAUACCCAUUGAAUGAAGACAUCUUAACAUGACAAGAAAUUGUGUUGGGCCAUCUCAAGCUAUGCCAUUUAUUAUUUUAGGACUGUUUAUUUAUUUCAUGUUUUGAUAUUUUCCUCAGUCCUGUUACUGACUAAAGUGUUACUAUAUAUAUAUAUAUAUAUAAUACUUCCAAUUACAAAUAUGCAACAGUUUGCACAUAUAUUAGUAGUAUUUUGGUCCCUUUUUUCAUUCAGAUUAUGUCAUAUUUAAAACAAUUCUGUUUUAUAUCAUAAUUGCCAUUCAGAUUACUGAAAAUGUCCUAUUUCAGGGACGAAAUCACAUUACAAUUAAGAAAUAUGUAUACUUUGUCAAGAUAUUUAUUUAAAAAAGGGUCUUGUCCAAAAUGCAAUAUAGUGCAGGUUACUAUGGUAAGAUCUGUUUGACUGUCAAAUGUCAUUUUUCUUUUAAAAUAUCAAAUGAAUGACAGUAACAGGACUGAGCUCUCAAUAGCCGAGUGUGUGUUUAGUCGCCUAUUGUUUGUCAUUGCAGUUAAUUGCAUGCAUUAUAGACAAAGAGUUAUGAACUUAUUUACUUGCAUAAACGUACCAUGACAAUCUGCUUCCAUAUGGGAGGUAAUCUAGAAUUAUAUAGAAAAAUACAAUCAUAGAAGAAAACAUAUCUUUAUUAAAACAAAUCAUCUUUGGACAUAUAAAAAACAACUGUCAAUACAACUGCAAAAUAAUUCAUCCACAGGACGUAACAGCAGGGAAGUUAUUUUUUUUGUGUGUUGUUUUGACCGUUUCCUUCCCUCUCUACGUUGUCUGAAAUGUAAAUAUAACACAAAAAUUACUCCAAUAUUGCUUGUCAGUCUCUUUAGGAAUAAAUCAGUUAGAUUCCACUGGUAUACAUGUUUGUGUGCUGUACUUGUUCCAUGUCUAUUCUUGAAUGCACUUCCCUACACCUCAUUCCACUGCCUAUAUUUUCUUGUAUGGUGCAACUCAAUAUCACCUUCUGCUUUUAAUGUAAAUAUUGUGCAGACUUUACAUAUAUUUUUGCUAUUCUAACCUUGAAGGGCCUGGUUCUUGGCAAUCUAUUUCUUGGUGAUCAGACUCAGAGCUCCCUGGAGGUGUGGAAAGGCUGUUGACUACAACUGCAGUAGGUUUUUUUGCUGCACUGGUCUUUGCCUGGUCUGCUCUCCAUCUCCUUCGCUUCAACACCUUUUGUACCUCAUUGCAUUCUUCUAUGCUUUUUUUCUUUCCUUGUUCUCGGUCUCUCUUAUAUUUCUUUUUUUCCCAUAGAAGAUACCGUUCUCUCCUCUCUGGAUUCUGGUCUCUACGAGCGCGAUAGCGCCGUUG